CAAUCCGGAAGUUCCGCCUCCGCAAGCGCGCAGGCGGGCAAUUUAAAAUAAAAAAGCAGCUUUCGCCGUUCCGCUGAAGACGGUGUCUUUUUUGGGAGAUAAUAUAACUUUUAAAUUAAAUUGUUGGCGUCUAGCCACCAAAAUGAGUAAUAGGAAAGCACGACCUAUGUCGGCUGGACGAAUGAAAGGGAAAGAAAAAGAUGUCCAGCUAAUCAGCCCACAGGCGAGGCGGUCGCCCAGGCAUUCUGCAGCCGCGAAGAAAGAUGAGGCAAAGAGCCCCAGACCUCCUGUUAAGCGGUCCAUCACCGUGAGGAAGAUCGCACCGAGGAAGACGCAGAUCCCUGAAACGCCCACCCCUUCAGUAAGGCGGAGCCCACGAAUUUCUGCAGAAGGGAACAAGGAGAAUGAUGGGUCUACAGCUGGAAAGCCAGAGACAAAAAGAUCCACCCCGGUCCCUAAUCCAGCUCCCGCUGCAUCUCCUCUGCGACCCACUGCCAUGUCCCCUAUCCAGGCUGCGGCCUCUCCCAGCACCCAGAAAAAGCAGGACCUCCGUGCUCUAGAGUGGUCCCAGAAGGUGCGGCGCUCCUACAGCCGCCUCAGUCACGGGGACCACUCCUUCACUGGGUCACCGUCAUCCCCUGGAACCGACCAUAGAGAGAAGUUCUUUGGCUUUGAGCACCUGCAAACUCCGCCGGUCAUGGCCAGGAAGGUGGAACAGUCAGGGUUGAGGAUAGAAGCAUCCAUUUGUGGGGGAUCCUUCACGCUGCUGGAUGGGAGCACCUGUGUGGCGGACCCCCCCAAGCCAGACCUGAAUAUCCCCGGGGUGGUGGUGGUGAAGGAAAAACGAAAAAGGUUUAGGGCACCACAGAUAAAAAUGUCAGAGCUGGACUCGUUAGCAGCAAAGAUGAAUGCAGAAUUUGAAGAGGCAGAGUGCUUUGACUUAGUGGUGGAGUAAAGUUUGUCUUAUCGGCUGUUGCAGUUACAUAUUGCUGUCUUGCAGUGUGGCCAGUCACAUGUUCAUCAUUUCUGCAAUGACAUCACCAGAUGUCUCGGUUGGUAAAAUACAGUUGUUGAAUGAGUUGCAUAGUGUGAUCGACGUUACUGGAUUACUGAGACCAGUAUAAGAAUUGCCUCAAUCCUUAAAUUGCCACAGUUGAACUGAAACUAUGUGUCACAAAACAAGAAAAAUAAGUGAAAUGGAGAAAUAAUUUUUCCUUUGUACCUAUUUGUAAAUAAAACAUCCAGUUUCUGUAGAACUUAUUUCAUUAUUAUCUUGCAGCUGUUGAAGAUCCAGUUUUACUAUAAUGUAUUUUUCUUUUACAAGUAUCGUCAAAAAACUUUGUAAUUGCUAAUUGGCUAGUUUCUGCUUAAUUCUUUCUGUAUUAGCCAGUCCUCAUGAUAGUUAAUGUCUACAUGACCUACUGUAUAUAGAUUUCUGUCUGCCAUUAUUGAGUGUAUAUGUGUGUCUAAGCUUUAGUUUUUUUUAUGUUUGCUUUCUCUCUUUUCUGUCCGCCCAAUAAAUGAGGACCUGUACGUGCUUUAUGGAAA